AUGGACCCAAAUUGGCAUCCGGCCGUGCAGGUCGUCAUCAAUGGCCAUCCUCAGGCACCGGCUCACCAUCCGGCUGGGCUUCUGCCGCGUCGGGACCGGCCGUUGUUUGUUGAGGAAGCGCUGCAGUAUUCUCCCAUGUCUAGCUCUCCCGUCUUCGGCUUAGGUCGGACCGCUUUGAAUGACCUGAACGCCGAGAUCCAGUCCGGACAUGAUGAUCGUUUGGAGACGUCGCGCGAAUACCUGCAGCAGUUGUUGGAUGGAGACCACUUGACUGAAUUUAAGUUUAAGCUGCCCGCAGGCAUCAGUAGUUCCCAACGUUCGACAUCCGGUCCUGAUCAGGCUUCUGGCCGCGACAACCUUGGCUCGUUUGCAAAAAUGAUGCUGGACUCUACGGACAUAGCGUUUCGAUCAGAUCCUACUGUGCCCCAAGCUGAGACCGGAAAGCUCCCGCAGACCCCCAAUUCAUGGAACCAGAAAGCGCAUGCGGCCAACAAGCAACCCCCCGCGUCUUAUCACCAGCAAGGCCCUCAAGCCAGUCAUCUGUCCGUCGUUAUUCCAGUAAAGCCCAUCCCAUCUCACGACAACCGAGGAGUGUCAAAGAGAAGAAAGCUCAAUGUUGAAGGGGAAGAUAGUCUCGCCUCGAUACGUUUGAAAGACCAAAAGGAAGAAGCAGAUGCGGCUUUGGUAAAGCUCCAGGAUCUUCUUCACGAGGUCUUCGAGGCCGAGGAUCAACUCGAGCCCGGAACGUCGAAUGUAGCUGCUGACCAGUCGAGCCCCGUUUUCACCGCGGCCCAUGCGCUCGAGGUCAGUGGGCCCAUUCUCUCUUCAGAUGCGCAUAGUCGCCUUCAGAAGGCUAUGAAAAAAGUUGUUGGCUUCAAAAGGCUCCAAGAUAUUCCUUCCGACUACCUGAAAAGAAUUCAGAAACUUUGUGAAAAGCCCAUUAUUGCUGCGCAGUCACCGGAAUUGAGACUAGAUGACCCUUCGAACGAAGGCGAAACUCAAGAGUGGUUAAAAAAGUUGGAAGACAUACAUAAUGCCCUUCUUGCCGUCAGCACGUUGCUGCAAACCAUGUCGGGCUCGCAGACCGAACGAGAUCUCUGUCCCGAAGAUCUAAUCGAGGCCAUCCCGAACGUACUGAACCAGUCCUUUGAUCAUUGUAUUAUCCCCGCGGUGGAAGCACGCCCCAAUGGUAAGGAUGAGAAGCUCUUUGGGUUCUUCUCAGCCCAGAGGCGAGUCAUUGGAGGGGUGGUCCAACAAAACAAAAAAGUUCUUUCCCUUUUCGCUGAUUUCCUCUCGCGCAUUGAGGUCUCCGAGGGUACAGUAACGGCCACGGAGUUCUUUGCCGCUAAGCUAAUCUUCGUGGAAAACGCACACACGGAGAAGGACUCUGCAGUUGGAUUCCAAAAGUACGAGUCCGUUCGACGUGGUGCAAUGGAUGUUCUUGCCAAGAUCUUUUCCAAGUAUCCUGCUCAACGACCUUUCAUUCUUGAUGAGAUCCUCGUGUCACUGGAGAAGCUUCCGUCCACGCGACAAAGCGCCAGGCAGUUUAAACUCUCUGACGGGAAGAAUAUCCAGCUGCUCACGGCGUUGGUGAUGCAGCUUGUGCAGACGACUGCUUUGGAAGUACCAUCUUCUCGAAAAGGGAAGACAAAGCGAAAGCUAUCAGCGUCUGGCGAUGAUGCCGGAGAAGAUGACGAUGAGUCUCAUGGGGAGGAAAAUGGAAUGGACGACGACUCCGAAAUUUCACUCGAGCAGCUUGCGACCAAGGUCAACCGCCUUUACGAUAAUGCCGUGCGCAGCGCCCAGUAUAUCGUCAAAUUCAUUGUGCAGCGAGCGAUGACAUCCACCAAGGCUGGCGACCAGCCAUACCGCAAUAUUCUUGACCUUUUUACGGAAGAUUUGAUCGGGGUACUUGGCUCAACGGAUUGGCCAGCGGCCGAAUUGCUUCUUCGUAUCAUGGCGUCUCACAUGGUUGGUAUAGCUGACCUGGAUAAGAGUCCUGCCACUGCAAAGAGCAUGGCCCUGGAGCUGCUUGGAUGGAUGGGGUCCGCCAUAUCCGAUCUCAUCGUGACCGCUCAGCAUUUGCUUCCAGCGAUGGAGGAGUCUGACAGUGAGCUCACCGAUCCUUUACGACAAUUGUUCGAUGAUUAUUCGAACCGUGCUUUGCAUCCUCAGGAUCUCGUGGUCGCUGAGGGACCUUACCGAAUGACUUUGGAGUAUUUCAUACAGGACCACAACUCCGAUACCUGGCAGCUCACCAGCGCUCGGGGCUAUUUCCUGGCGCAAUGGACGAAAACAUUCUGCUCCGUCUAUUACAACCCCGAGGACAAGGAUGAAGUUACCUACGACGUUGAAACCGAGGACCUGGUUGAUCUUUUUGCGAAACUUCUGUCAGACCCGCUGUGGUUGGAAACCCAUAAACGUUUUGAUAAAAUACCUUCCGCACAUGGAAAAUUCGCCUACAUUCUAACAGUUUUGAACUCCAGCUUCUGCAAAGCUUUUGACACUAUUCUGAAAGUUCUUCUCAAUUCCAUCACUAGUGACCAGGCCAAAGUUCGGAGCCGCAGUCUGAAGAGUGUGAUUUACAUGCUCGAGAAAGACCCGAGUCUUCUUGAUAGGGAUGCAUCCGUCAUGCGCGUGAUCCUACGAUGCGCAACCGAUGCAUCUCCCAUGGUGCGCGAUUCCGCACUCUCGCUGAUCGCCAAGUGUAUUACGCUGAAGCCAAAGCUUGAAGAAGACGGGUGCCGCAGUAUCUUAGCCUGCGCUGCCGACUCCACUGCGGGUGUGAGAAAACGUUGCAUAGGCUUGCUCAAGGACAUCUAUCUCAAGUCUUCUCGUGCCGAGCUGAAGCUAGCGAUACUGGACAGCUUUCUCCAACGAACUGGAGACCUCGAAGAAAGUGUAGCUUCACUGGCUCGCCAGACAUUCGAGGAAAUAUGGUUGGCGCCGUUCUACGAGCUGGUCGACUCCGCACAGGAUGGCCCGAAAUUGAAGGUUGGCCUCGGUGAACGAGUCACUUUAGUUGUCAAGUUGGUACAACGGAGCGAAACAGCACUUGACACCCUCGGAGACUGUUUCAAGAAGAUCCUAUCCGACAAAUCCAAGUCCGCAUCCCUGAACUUCAAAGUCUGCAAGGCGCUGGUAUCCAUGAUGUUUGAGAAGCUGGUUGAGGGCAACGACGCUUCGGGCAAAGAAUUCCAGCAAGCUCUUUUGCAGACUAUCACCGUAUUUUCAAAGGCAAAUGCGAAGCUUUUCCGGCCCGAUCAGCUCGAAACUCUUCACCCUUACAUUGGACAUCUCGCAACGGCGGAGGAUCUCUUCCUAUUCCGUUCCGUCGUGGUCAUCUAUCGUUGUGUCUUACCAUUCUUAUCCGCGGCGCAUCACACCCUUCUCAAAGAAGUUCAAAACGACCUUUUCAAAAGCGUCGCCAAACUGGCUCGCUCCGAGCUCAAUGAAGUCAUGGCUUGUCUCUGGACCAUCAACGGAGUGCUUCACAAUACAGACAGACUUGUGAAGCUGACUAUCUCCGUACUGAAGCCUAUACAGCACUACAAGAACAUCGAUCUUUCAGAGAGUGCCAAUACGGCCGUCCUAGCAAGGGCCAAAAGCUAUAUACGAAUCGCGGGCUGCGUUGGGCGGCACUGCGACCUUGAGAAAUACGAACCGCACUUCAAAAAUGCAUUUCCUGGGUGGAACGGUGGUUCAGUUGCCGGCUUGAUGGUUGACGCCAUUAUGCCUUUCACUCUACCUCGACAGCCGCUGGAGCUCAGAGUGAUGGCCCUCGAAAGUUUAGGCUCGAUUUGCCAAUCCUGGCCAGGUCAAUUUAGCCGGGAAGAACCACGAAAGAUACUGAGCAUGGUGUUCAAGGAGGAUAAUCCCAGCCUUCAAAACAUCGUGCUGCGGGCAUUUGCAGAUUUCUUUGCGAUGCACGAGGGCCGGGCCGAGAAGUCGGUCAUGCCCGUUGCAGAAGUUGCUGAUCAAGAGAACUCCACCAGACUUGGAGGGUCCUUGAAAGCCAGCGACAACGACGGGGCGGCCGCGUUGAUUGCGCAGCAUUUCCUCCAAAGCAUGCUUCGUGUGGCACAAUCUCGACAGGAUUCGUACGCUUUGACUGCCAUCGAGCUGAUAGCCAGCAUCAACCGACAAGGCCUUGUCCACCCGAAGGAAUGCGCUGGCGUCUUGGUCUCCCUAGAAACAUCAACCGUCCCGGCCAUCGCGAAAAUUGCCUUUGACACCCACAAGAUGCUUCACCAGCAAUACGAAUCCAUGUUCGAGAGAGAAUACAUGCGAGCUGUUCAGGAGGCGUUCUAUUAUCAGCGGGAUGUUGUGGGGGACCCUAGCGGUGCGCUCAGCCGCCCGUUCAUUGCCAAACUCGCACCGUUGUUUGAGAUUGUCAAAAUUAGCAACAGUCGGUAUCAGAAAAAGUUUCUCGCCAACCUGUGUACCAAGGUUGAUUUUGAAUUUAAAAAACUCGACUUUACGGGCAACCCUCCGGAGCAUCUUCUGCUGGCUCGGUUUGUGUCGCAAAAUCUAGCUUUCUUUGACUACGCCCAGCAUACGGAGCUGGUGCCUACGAUUGGAUGUAUGGAACGCAUUGUGUCUGCAACUGGUACGGUCGUGGCCCACUCCAUCGAGACGGAGAUCUUCCCAGCCAAGUUAGAGCCUCCGCAGGGUCCAUCAGCGGACGGAUUUUCUAUGCCCGUUGUUGAAGGUCCCGGUAUGAUGGCGUCGCCGCAACAGGUCAACCCGGGAACAUUGAGGCUACUUACUACAGCCGCGGCAUCCCUGUCAAUGCUCUGGGAGGCUCGAACCUACCUUCGGCGUCUCUACGGCGUCACUGCGCACGUGCGCGACAAGGGACAGAAAGCUGCAAAGGAUCUUCAUAAGUCAGCAACCAAGGUCCACGGGGUAACCGGUGACAAAUUCUGGGACGCCAUCCAACGCAACUUCGCAACGCUAGACAGCGAGGAAAACAUGAUCAACAAGUGCCGAGAGUUCGCCACGUUGCUUGCCAUUGACGAUGAAUUCAAAAUCGGGCAGGAAGAGGAUGCCGACGGGGACAGUCUUGACGAUAUGGAUGACCCCGGUACGGCCGGGGCCCUCGCCGCUGCACCGCGCCCUGCCAAAAGAAAGAACUCUAUCCCAGGACAGAAUCCUCCCAAGCGAUCUCGGGGGAGGAAACCUGGAUCCGGAAAGAAACGGGCCAGCACGGAGCCCGAAGUAGACCUGGAUUGGAACUGA